AUGGCUCAGGUUCGAGAUGCACCUUGUCCCGGUCAGGAAGAUGCCUCUUCCAACUGGAAUAAUGGUGAGAAUGCAGAGGAGUCCCUGAGUCUCCGGGAUGGAACAGAAACAAGGAAGACCCUCAGAAAACAUCUGGGCGAUUGGUUCAGGUCCCACCCAGUGUGCACCGUGCUGUCUGUGCUGCUGUCUGUGCUCGUGCUCCUGGCUUUGGUGGUGGCUGUGGCUGUGCUGGCAGUAGGAAGACAUGGAGAGAAUCCAGUUACACCUAAGGGUCCACAGUUUCUGGCCUGUCCCGACGACUGGGUCGGGUACAAGAGGGUCUGUUACUAUCUCUCACUGGACUGGAGGAGCUGGGAGCAGGCUCAGAAUCGGUGCUCCGAGCUCGGGGCCUCCCUGGCCGUGCUCAGCGACAGGGAAAUGCGCUUCCUCUUCCGCCUCAAGGACAACCUGGAUUACUGGCUUGGGCUGCGCAGACGGGGCGAGAGGUUCCAGUGGGUGGAUGGCAGCAGGUACAACUCCUCGCUGGAGGUCCUUGGCAAUUCAGAGUGUGUGUACCUGGCAGACAAUGUACUCAGGAGUGAGGACUGUUCAAAGCAGCUGCCGUAUCUCUGCAGCAAACCCCAACCUCAACUGUAAUAGAAGUGAAGGAGAAAGGACCUUCUCCAUCCUGAAGACUCGCAGCUUUCCUUCUUCCACUGGUGCAGAGAUGUCCUUCUGCAGAUGAACAUUUGCUUUGUGACAGAUCUCAGCGCUACCUCAGUAACCUCGGUGCCUUUUGUCAUUGUUUCCUAA